AUUGAUGGAUAUAAAAGUGUGCGCCAAUCAUAGAUGACUGUUAUUUGACCGCUUACAAUCGUGCUUUUGGAACACACUCUUCAUGUUUCUGACUACAUAAAACAUAAAUAUGAUCAAACCAGGAAAACCGUGAUGCAAUUCUGUCCAAUUUUAUCAUGUUACUUUGACAAGAGUUGUUUGUGCGGUUAUUACACAGUCUAAAGUAUUCUAGAAAUGUCAUUCUUUGAUUUUUUUCGAAGUUUUCUCGGUUUGAAUCGUCGAAACGUCGAUUUUGGCACAAGCGAAUUCGGUGAUCAUGAUUCACACAGAGAUAGUUUUCGUAAUCCAAUCUGGCAGAGUGACGAUGACGACGACGACAUAGAUGACUUUAGGCAUCAUGGAAAUGGCGUGCAUUUCAACAUUUUUAACGAUUCGGUUAAAAUGACGCGUUACUUUGAGUCACAGAUGGAUAAUAUGUUAAAAAAUUUCUUUGGAUUUAAUUUUUAUGGAGAUGAAACUAUUCAAGCAUUACCAUUUACUGAACCUGAAGAAAAUGAAAAUUUACGUGACCAAAUGUUGAAAUCUGUAACAGAUGAACUUUUUAAUAAGGCAAGCACGCUACCUGAACGGAAAAUAGAUACAGAUUUAGAUAAACAGAUUACUAUGGAAAAACUUUUCAAAACAAACAAGGAAAAAGUAGAAAUUGAAAAAUCUUUCGCACAGCACAAUUUUUUUUUUAAACAAUUUGUUCAGAAAGGGAUACACAAUUCUGAUGGAACUAUGGAGCAGAAACAAAUAUUCAAAGAUAGUGAAGGUAAUAUGAAGACAAUAGUUACAAAAGAAAUUGGAGAUAAAAGAUAUAUUACAACUAUAAUAAGGGAUAAAGAUGGAUACGUAACAAGAUCCGAGACUGUGUUUCAUAUAUCUGAAAAUGGAUUAACAGACACUGGAAAAUGGCCACCUGCAAAAAAUAACAUAAAUGAUGAUGAUUCAACAACUCACAAUCGUUUUCCAUGGGAAAAAUUUUUCGCUCUCUAUCCAAGAGGUUCUUUAUAGCAAGAGAUUAAAUGAAAUGUAAAAUGAAAGUCGUAUCUUGUUCCUAAUAGAUAAAACAUGCUCCCUUGUAAUCCACAUUAGAUAUUUAAUAAAGUAAAUAAAACAAAGUUAGAAACUCCUUUAAUUUCUAACUAUAAACUUUA